GAUUAAAACAGUUAUGAAGGGAAAGAAAGGAAGAGGGGGAGACAAAAAGAAAGAAGGUAUUUGAAAAGAAAUAGGAGAAUGGUAUAUGAAGAAUGGCAAGUGAUGGAAUCUGAGAGAGAGUUGAAGAAAAUAUAAAAUGGCAGCAGGAUUCAAGGAGAAAGGGGAGAUGAAGAGAAGCAAAAAAGAUUUAAGUGCAUUAACUAAAGAUGCCAAAGAGAAAUGAGUGGGUUUGAAGGGCGGGAAGGAUCGAAAGAGGAGGAGAGAAACAAAAAAAGGGAGUGGAGAAACAGCUGAGAAGGAGAGCAUAGACGACAGGAGAGCGAAAGCUGGGAAAUAAAGUGUCUAACAGAAGAAAGCAGAGCAGAUAUGAGGAGGCGACGUCGCGAAGAGACAAGGGACAACUUAACUCAGCUGUGUGUUUCCAGCAGCUCUGACAUCGUUGUGAAACUUUCUUCAGCUGUGCUGCUGCUGCACAACUGAACGCUAUCAGGAGCGAGCAGGCAGCUGCCAAACCCACUCACACACACACACACACACACACACACACACACACACACACACACACACACACACACACACACACACACACACGCACACACACACACACACACACACACACACACACAUACACACACACACACAUGCAGAGGUGGAUAUGACUCGUCUGCUGGGCCAGUUUGGUGUGCUGGACUUACAGUGACAGUUGGGAAAAACUGGUUCUUCAUCCUGUCAGCGUUGUGUGAAGAUGAUUUGACACAGUCGCCAUCUGAACCCUGACAUCGUCACAGCUUUGAUGUUUCAAUCAGACAGAGCAGAAGAACAAGGAUGUCAGUGAAGCUGCGAUUCGACUCUCCGUCAGAUGGAGGUCUGGUCCACAGAAGCCGCUCCUUCACCGGGUUUAGCUCUUUGACUGGUCGACAACGGUCAUCUUCUGUACGCAGCUCUCUCCGCUCUAAAGCCAUGACAGGAAGUAAAUCUCCCAGGAUGCACUUCUCUCCCCCGAGAGGAUCUGUCUGGUCCCUGCAGCCAGAGCAGGUCGACAGGGUCUUCCUGGCACUUCGCAAAGGACUCAAGGAGUAUCUGGAGGGUCACCAGGCAGAGAUGGAUUUCCUGUCGUCACAGCAGAGGGAUACCAAGAGAAACUCCAGACUGGCCUUUCUCUAUGAUCUAGAGAAGGAGAUCAGAGCAUUGGAGAGAUACAUAAGGCGCCUAGAAUUUCAAAUCAGCAAGGUAGAGGAGUUGUAUGAAACAUAUUGCAUACAGUGGAGAUUAUCUCAGGGUGCGGUCAACAUGAAGAGAGCCUUCUCACUGUCCCCAUCCACCAGAGCCUCCAGAGAAAGUCUGCUGGAGCUGAACCGCAACCACAGACACAGUCUGCAGGACAUGUCAGCUAUGGAAGGAGAUUUAGAAAUCCUACUUGGAGAACUACAUGUCAAGAUGAAGGGUCUGAUUGGCUUCGCUCGACUCUGCCCCGGAGACCAAUAUGAGGUGGUGGUGCGUUUGGGCCGUCAAAGAUGGAGGAUCAGAGGAAGAAUCGAAUCAGACGACACUCAGUUCUGGGAUGAAGAGGAGAUGGUCUUCCUCCCAUACAUACACCAUAACUUUGAGAUCAAGGUGAUGGAGGCAAAGGGUUUGGGUUGGCUGCUGGUCGGCAUGGUAACAUGUGCAAGCGCGGAUUUCUUUGUGGUGAAGCCGCAGCUGAUGUUGGUGGACAUCACAGAGCUGGGAACCAUCAAGCUGCAGCUGGAGGUCACGUGGAAUCCGUUUGACAGCACUGAGAGGAUGAGGCCGCUGUCUGUCAGCAAGCAGUCGGUGUCCAGCAGGAAGAGUUCAGUUUACAGCUGGACAGCACCUAGCACCCCGUCCUUCACAGAGAAAUAUUUCAUAUCAAUGGUGCGCCAGCUGCAGGAUCAAGAGGGUUCCCUUCCAUCUCUGCUGCCUAAAAGUCGUCAUAACAGAGGAGGCGUGUCUCUGCUCAGCUACCUGUCCAACCCUUCUCACACCUCCAUCACGUCGAGCCCUCAAAGCCCACGCACUCGAAGUCUCUCUCGGGCUCACAGCUUCCCCUCCAGCCACAGCCAAGGCACCAGUCUGGGAGGAAGUCAGACUCAGCUGUCACUUGGAGAGGAAGAGGAGCAGGAGAUGGAGGAGAGGAUGGAUGUGAAGGCUAGUGAGGAAGAGUGGGGAGGUGUAUUAGAGACUCCCUCAGCAGCAGGAGAGAAUAAAUUUGCUUCUGAUGCUGCCUUACAGAGGUCCAGCACUCCGGACAUCCUCAGAAAAAACACAGCAGGAGAACCAGACCCUGAGACAUACAGUGCAUCUGUGCAGCAGGACAACAAGCAGGUGUCCCCAGACAAUCAGGGGUAUUCUGCUACAGUCUCCCCAACACCAUCCACCCAGCCCACAGUUGCCUCUCCAUCCUCACCCACAGCAACUGCAGCUCUGACACCAGGCAGGCCGGGGGUGAGUGGGGCCCAACGCAGGGCUCUGGCCCUCAAGCUAGGAGCCAUGAUUGCAGAGCUGGAGAAAACACUGCAGAGCCAAAGCUGCACUGACAAGGAGCUGCGAGCCCUGGACCACCAGACAGUGCAUCUGGCGACCAUACUGAAGAACGACCUCUCCCUGCUCAAAAGCUCAUCAUCAGAGGAGACACUAGCUGUUGAAGAAGUUUUGGAAAGCUUUGACUUCCUGUCACAUGACUUCAAUGCAGAUGAUGACACGUCCUGUUUGGGCAGCCUGAGGCUAAAAGACAGCGGCAUCAGCUCCUUCCAACAGAGCACUCUGAGGAGUCUUGGCCUCCUCUCUCAGGACAGCCAGUCGGCUUCUGAGGAAGAACUGGUUUUUGCCCCACUGACUUCUGGGAACUGGGGUCUUGACCAAGCUCUGGAAACACACCUGGAUAUAUGCUGCAUCCUGUUGCAGAUGAUAAAAACUGUUGAUUUCGGGCCAUCUCAGAGGGAGUUGCUGGAGGAGAUGUCUCACCAAGCAGAGGUCCUGGACAGAAUCAGCUGUCUGCUGCUGGAGAAGAACAACAAUCUCACAGCUCAAGACAUCCUUCCUAAGGCCCAGAGGUCGAGGGAUAUUCUUUUGUUCUGGGAGGAGUGUGUGAACAACAGUAGCUCUCCUUUUUAUUGCCAAGUUGACAGCUUUUCCAGGUCGCUGAAGAAACGAUACACACACAAGGUGAAGGCCAAGCAACCUGGCCAAUCAGAGAAAGUGUUUUCUCAGCUCCUGCAGCAGGUCCAGGCAGCCUGCAGGGUGGUGCCCAGCUGUCGGCCUGUCUGCAGCCCAGAGAGAGUCACCAUCUUCCAGCUUUCAGUGUAUCUGAAGCGCUGGAGCUUCCAGGAGCUCGGAGAGCACAUCUCCCGCCUCUCCAAAGAAGAGUACAUCCUUUCAGCACUGAGGAGCCCCAAAAGAAGGCGGGCUUUAAAUAAACUGCGAGGGCGGAAUAUCAUGGAGCUCCUCCCACUGGGAUGUACCCUGCAGGUGCUUGCUGCCCUGCAAAUUGAUUCAAACCACAAAAUCUGCAAAGCUGCCUCCAACUGCAUCUGCAGAGCUGCUAAAUGCAAGGCCUUCAGGAACAAGGCGGUGGCUUACUACACAGAGAGUCUGAAAAGCUCUGAUGUUCAGAUCCAACAUGGCUCCUGCUUGGCUCUUAAAUGCCUUAGAGCUACAGAGAGUGUGGACUACAUUGCAGAUUUAUGGCGCUCACCUGAUGAAGAUCUUCGUAGCACUGCUAAAGAAACUAUUCUCUCCUUUGGUAAAAAAGGGUACCAGGCCUUUCAGAGGAUGGACCAGCUGUAUGCUGAAAUGCAGGAAGAGGCUUACCAGAACCAAGAGACAGAGAUUACCAUUCUAUAGAAACAAUUCUGGAGUUGGGACUGGACACAAAGAGACACAUGAUCCCAACUGUGAAGACUCAAGACGUAAAGUAGGCUUAUGUCUGAGUUGGAUAAAGAUCAUGAACCUGCCAGGUCUUAUUUGGUUGGAAGAAAAAGAAGUAAAAGAUAUUACUUUAGUACGUGCACAGGAAGAUCAUUUGAUGGUGACGUCAUCUCUCUCUGGAUGGAUCGUUUACUCACUGGUGAUGAUCAAGGACUCUGAUUUCCAUAAUUCUGUAUUAGUUUACUGAGAACUUGAAUUAAUUUCUGUCAGAUACAUUUAAAAUGCUCUGUUAUAUUUAAGGUUAUAGGACAUCUUGUGCAGCUCUGAAAUUAUUUCAUGGUGCUGGGACUCACUUUCAACAACCCAUUUACAUGAAUCUUAUGUUGGAAAAUGAAGGAUAUAUAUAUUUUGAUUUCACAUAACAUCUCAAGUAAGUGGUUGAAACAAAUGAGUUAAUAUCCAAAAGAUUUUAUUAAUAAUCAGUCUAGAUAGACUGAAUAAAUCUAGAGUGUUAGCCUUAAACUGUGUCUGUGAGCGAUUUGAUACAGUAAGAAAGUUCAGAGAUGUGUGUUUGUGGUGGGAAAAUUUCUUUUUUAGCUGAAAAAGCAAGAUAGCUGUUUCAAGGAGUUGUGGCAUUGGAAAGGCACCAGAGCCAAGGGGUCAAACAUGAAGCAAGAGAUUUAGAGAAAAAGAACUAAAUGCAGAUGGUAUGUAUUUUUUUAGGUUUUUGGUGUUAAUUGAUAUGGACAAAGAAACCCGUUCCACCAGAGGAACAGAGGAGAGUGCUGUCCUCUGCUGGCUGCCCAGGUAAACUGAAGCCUGAUGAUGUUUUCACCCACUGCAGGACCAUUUUGGCUCUGGUUAAAGUUACUGCUCCAUCUGGGACAUUUAAAGAUUGUGGGGUCAAUAAAGUGACAUG